CACCACCUCCUCGAAACUGAACAGUUAAUGGUUAAACUGAUGUCAGACGUGGAGUUUAGAGGCAGUGAGCAGAUUAGCAUUAAUAACACGUAAUAAAAUAUGGUAUGGCUUACCAUUACGAUUUAUGGAGCUAUUUUUCUUUAACACCGGAAGCACGAAGAUUUAUUCUGUUUUAAAAUAACGAUAUGACAUGUUUUUACCUCAGUGAGGACAGCCAAAACUCGUUCAUCGAUCGCCUGAAGGGGCAACGUCUGAUUAGCUAGCUCUGUGAGAAACGGACCCACCGAAAUGCCUGGAAACAUGUCACCAGUACCCGUCCUACCGUUGGUGAUAAAUUGUUUCAUGUCUGCACUCGGCUGUAUGGCCACAUUGAAACUCAUUCCUGCUUUCAAAGACCAUUUCAUUUCCGCCAGAUUGUACGGAAUGGACCUAAACAAAAUAUCCAAAAAGGAAGUCCCAGAGUCCCAAGGAGUCAUCAGUGGGACAGUCUUCCUCAUCAUCCUCUUCUGCUUUAUCCCAGUGCCUUUCCUUAGCUGCUUUGUAGGAGAUCAGUGCAUGGGCUUCCCACACGAUGAGUUUGUACAGGUGAUUGGUGCACUUCUGGCUAUUUGUUGCAUGAUCUUCCUGGGCUUUGCUGAUGACGUGCUGAACCUGCGGUGGAGACACAAGCUCCUGCUUCCCACCAUGGCUUCCCUGCCACUGCUCAUGGUCUAUUUUACCAACUUCGGCAACACAGUCAUUGUGGUGCCCAAGCCCUUCAGAGCCCUGCUCGGACUGCACUUGGAUAUGGGUAUUCUUUACUACGUCUACAUGGGAAUGCUUGCAGUAUUCUGCACAAAUGCCAUCAACAUCCUAGCAGGCAUCAACGGCAUCGAGUCAGGUCAAGCCCUGUUUAUCUCCGGCUCCAUUAUUGUCUUCAACCUGCUGGAGCUCAGUGGAGAUUACCGUGAUGACCAUGUUUUCUCCCUCUACUUCAUGAUACCAUUCUUUUUCACCACAUUAGCACUUUUUUACCACAACUGGUAUCCUUCAUCGGUGUUUGUGGGAGACACUUUCUGCUACUUUGCUGGUAUGACCUUCGCUGUAGUCGGCAUCCUGGGACACUUCAGCAAAACAAUGCUGCUGUUCUUCAUUCCUCAAGUAGUUAACUUUGUCUACUCCUUGCCUCAGCUUUUUCAUAUCAUCCCCUGUCCCAGACACCGGCUCCCCAGGCUGAAUCCAGACACAGGCAAACUGGGAAUGAGCUACUCUAAAUUCAAAAGAAAGGACCUCUCUAAAUUAGGACACCUUAUUCUGAAGGUGGCAGAGUUAUUAAAGCUGCUAGAGGUGCGAAGAGGCCAGGAGGGAGAUGAUGAUUUUAUUGAGUGCAACAACAUGACCUUAAUAAAUCUGGCACUGAAAUUACUUGGUCCCACCCAUGAGAGAAACCUCACAGUCAUCAUGCUCAUCAUACAGGUGAUGGGCAGCGUAGUGGCUUUUGGGAUCCGUUAUCAUCUGGUACGUCUCUUCUAUGACGUCUAGACAGCACACCGGAAAAGAGGAAAGAACGCUGACUGAGAAAAUAUGAUAUUGUUUUAUGGAACUAUUUUAAAGGCUCGUGGUUCAUCUGCCUUUUGAUAAAUUCCAUUACCUCACUGUUACUUUUUCUGCCUCAGACUCUACCUGCAGUAUAGCAGUGCAAGGUUCAAAGCUAUAUUUCACUUUGUAGAACAUUUUUCACAUACAGUGUCUAAGCAUGAACUGCAAGGGUCGGACAUCAACAGCAGUACGUUAUUCUCUUAAAUUUCAGUAAUUACAAGCAGAAAAAUUCUGGAUCUGACUGAUCUUGUGUGUCCACCCUGAAAGUAUAUUUUUGUACUUGUUUUUUUUUAAGUACAGUAAGAGAAGAUGACUUUCGGUCUUAAGGGCAGCCAACAUCAAUUGCUGACUGCUACUAAAAUGCUAUUUGAUAACAGAUUUGUGAAGGUGGAAGUGCUCUAAAAAAUAUUAACAUAUUCACACAGCGGUCCAUUGCUUGAUUCUGCUGUUGAAGCAAAAAUAGCUUUGGGAAAAUGUACCCACAAUUAAUUUCCCAUGACUAUCAGUCCAUGCAACAUUAUAAAAAUAUGAAUGAAUAAGUUAAUAUAUUUUUUGUUUUUUUUGUUUGUUGUUGUUUUUUGUAUCUCUGAACAAACACACACAAAAUGGUCAUUGUGAAGAAAAGCAGUAAUGAGAUAAAGAGCCUACAAUCAGUCUGAAGACAGGGAAUUAGGUGGAGACCGGUGAAUAGUGGCAAUAUUAGAAGAGAUAAAGUGAGAUUAUAGUGUCUGGAUUGUUGAAAAAGUUACUCAAGGUCUACAGAAGGUGAAGGGUGUCCCCUCGAUAUCUUUCAUGGUAUAGUUGGAUAAAUAGCUGUAUUUUUAUGACUGAUAUGAAUUUUCCCCCCUGAGGGUUCAGCAGGCAUCAUUGUGAAGUAAACUGGCACUGGACUUUUUUGCUUAGGAAUGUAACAAAAAGCUAAACAAAAUUGUUUACUGUUGGGAUGGAAGCCUCAAAUUUAAAAAUAAAAGCUGAGAAAAUUAAAAUAUAA